AUGUACGUAAUAACACUGUUAGCUCUCGUUGGUGUCGCCAUCGCGGCACCAAACGCACUUGCUCCGCGUAUUGUUGAAGAAUCGGCAAUAGGCGCAUUUGACCAGCGUAUUGUUGGAGGAUCUGAUGCAAAUAUAGAAGAUUAUCCCUUUAUGGCUGUCAUUUUAGCUUCUAUUGAUGCAAUUAAUUUUGUACAGUUCUGCGGUGGAUCUCUAAUUACUACGAGAGCCGUCCUUACGGCAGCCCACUGUUUCAUGAACAACUUUCUUCCUCCUAAUCAUUUCCGAGUGCGACUUGGCUCGUCACUGAGUCUAUCUGGCGGUCAACGUUAUAGAGUCGAUAAUUGGGUUAAGCAUCCCGGAUACAGUUCGCCUAAAUUGUACCACGACAUUGCUAUACUGAAACUCGCCACUCCCGCCAUACUGUCCAACCGCGUUGCACUUGCCCGAAUCGCUGGACCCAAUUACAUCGUCCCAGAUAACACUACCGUCACUGCUGCCGGAUGGGGCGAUCUUGAAUUUUACGGUGAAUCACCAGAUAUCCUUCAACAUGUUGAUAUAAAAACAGUCAACCAUGAUAUUUGCAGAGAAAAUUACGCUGAACUACAGUCUUCGCUAGGCGAACUUGAAGUUCCUAACGUAACAUCGGAAAUGGUAUGCGCUGGUAUUUUGGACGUUGGUGGCAAAAGUACCUGCCAAGGUGACUCAGGAGGACCACUUCUUCACCAAGGAGUGAUAAUUGGAAUUACCUCUUGGGCACAUCAAUGUGCCCAUCCGAAGUAUCACACUGUCUUUGUUAACGUGCCUUCUUAUACCAGUUGGAUUGUUGAUAAUGCGUAAAAAUGAUAAUCAGUA